AUGAACUCCGGAAACGAUAGCUGGCACUCCUCCGGUGGGCCGCCGUCGCAUCCUGGCAUGGACCAAAUGAACCAGCAGCCUCGGCCCCUGGGGUCUUUCAGUCAGAAUCCCUCUCAGCAAGGUCAGACCUCACAGCCCUCGGGCCCAGUACUUCCCCCUCCAGGCGGUCCCUACCACCCAAGUCAGUCAGGUGGACACUCUCUCCCCGGGCUGGCAGAAUUGAGCCAGACCCACGGAGGUCCACACCAGCCAUCUGCUUACGGCCAGCACCCAGCAGGCCCGUCGCACAACAGCGGCCAUUCCCUCCCUGGAAUCGGCCAAGCUAUGCAGCAUGCAUCUCCACAGCUGAACCGCGAACGGGAGCGGGACUCCCGGGAGCGCGAAAUUAUUGAGCGUCAACGCCAGGAAGAAAUGGCCCACCGCGAGCGCGAGCGCGAUCACCGUGAGCAAAUCGAGCGCCAGUUAGAUCGCCGCGAACAAUCUCAUCACCCUGUUCAGAGUCACACUGGCUCGAUUCCUCUUCACCAACCUGUCGCCAACAAAGUCCCUAACUCCAUCCACGGUCCGGGCGGACUCCUUUCCACCCUCGGCGGAAACCCACAGAACGGCCACCAAGGCGGUCCCCAGUCCGCUGCUGGCUUGUUCGGUCCUCAGAUGCAGCACGGUGAAGGUACCCCUCGCUCAUACAUGCAACACCCCGGUGGUCCUCCAGGACAGCCUAUGAUGGGAUACAAUGCCGCCGGACAACAAAUCCCUGGCAAUGUUGCAGCGCUUGCGCAGGGCCAGCAACCCAUUCUCAAUGAUGCUCUGAGCUAUCUCGACCAGGUCAAGGUACGUUUCGUUGAUCAGCCUGAUGUUUACAACCGAUUCUUGGACAUCAUGAAAGAUUUCAAGAGCCAGGCUAUCGAUACGCCUGGAGUGAUUCAGCGUGUGUCAACUCUUUUUAAUGGCCAUCCUGCUCUCAUUCAAGGUUUCAAUACCUUUUUGCCACCCGGUUAUCGCAUUGAGUGUGGUACUGAGGAUAAUCCUGAUGCUAUUCGGGUGACCACUCCAUCCGGCACAAACACGCUUAGCAUGCCACGUGCAGGUCGCCCCUUUGAGACAAUUACCAACCCUCCCCCCUCCAAUGAUCCUCACGGUCGGUCUGACUUCUAUCGUGACCAGUCUCGACCUGGUUGGCAACAAGGGCAGCAGCAAGAUCAACAGCAAGGCGCUACCUCUGGGUCAUACUCUCCUGGCUCACGGAUGAUGAGCAGCAUGUACCCACAGGAUGGACCGGGAUCUGCCCAGGAUCACCACUAUGGCUAUCCUACUCAGCAGGAACAACAAGCUGCAUCUGCCAUGACGCACCAGCAAGACCACCGUGGAGUGGCGCAGCUUCAAGGCGCUGCCUCAGCUGCAUCCGCUGGUCUUGGCAGAGGGUCCCUCAUGGGAGUUUCCGCUGCUGCGCAGAAUGCUAGUCUCACUCAGCCCAUGAACAACCUGGCUGGUGUCGGAACUGGUAUGCUCCAAGGCGCUCAGGAUCUGAACAAGCGUGGUCCCGUGGAGUUCAACCAUGCUAUCAGCUAUGUGAACAAGAUCAAGAACCGCUUUUCGAGUGCCCCGGAAAUCUACAAACAAUUCCUUGAGAUACUCCAGACUUACCAACGGGAGUCGAAGCCUAUCCAGGAUGUCUAUGGACAGGUCACCCAAUUGUUUAAUACCGCGCCUGAUCUCUUGGAAGAUUUCAAACAAUUUCUGCCUGAAUCUGCCGCGCAUGCCAAACAAGUCGCUGCGCAGCGCCAAGCUGAAGAGCAAGCGCCUCUCAGCAAUCUUCGUGGUGAACCGGCGGGCUUCACCUCCCAGACACCCAACCGCGACGUCAAGAUGCCUCCACUUGGACAGUUCAAUGUCAAGGAUCCCAAAGAAAACAAGAAGCGUCGUGGUGGCCCAGGUGGUGUCGGCUCUUCUAUCUCAGGACCUGCCGGCGCGGAAGCUGCCCGCCUGUCUGAGGCAAGCAGAGGUGGCCAGGGCUCCCAGUUCGGCGCCAGCAAGCGACCUAAAUAUCACCACGGAAAGCCCUCUGUUGACAUGGCAAAUGUUUCGCCUACUCUGAUUCCCGCUCUCCCAGAGCCUCUUCCUCCCUCUGUUUCCAUGACCCCCAGCCAAGAAGAGAUUGCGUUCUUCGAUCGCGUGAAGAAAUUCAUUGCCAACAAGCAAGUGUUCAGCGACUUCUUGAAGCUUUGCAACCUGUACACUACUGAUCUUCUUGACCGUCACAUCUUGGUCAAGAGGGCUGAGGGAUACAUCGGAUCCAAUGCUGAGUUGAUGAACUGGUUCAGACGUUUUAUGAGCGCCGAAGAACCCGAGGAUAAGAUCAUCGACCCCAAGGCAAACCCGGAAACUGGAAUCGUCAACCUGGCUCACUGCCGUGCUCUCGGACCCAGUUAUCGACUUCUUCCAAAGCGUGAACGCCAAAAGCCUUGCAGUGGUCGCGACCAUCUUUGCAACAGUGUUCUUAAUGAUGACUGGGCCUCACACCCUACCUGGGCCUCAGAGGAUUCCGGAUUUGUUGCGCACCGCAAGAACCAGUUUGAAGACGCUUUGCAUCGCAUUGAAGAAGACCGUCAUGAUUAUGAUCACCACAUCGAAGCUUGCGUUCGAACCAUUCAGCUCGUCGAGCCCAUUUGCCAGCAAUUCUUGUACAUGAGUGAUGCCGAAAGGAUGGCAUUUGAAUUGCCCGAAGGUCUCGGUGGCCAAAGCGUGGCCAUCUACCAGCGUGUCAUCAAAAAGAUUUACGAUCGCCAGCGUGGUGAGAAGGUUCUUCAAGACAUGUUUGCACGUCCCUGCCACGUCCUGCCAAUUGUUCUUUACCGCUGCAAGCAAAAGCUCGAGGAGUGGAAGGCCUGCCAGCGUGAGUGGGACAAAGUCUGGCGCGAACAGAUGCAGCGAGCAUACUGGCGCAGUCUUGAUCACCAAGCCAUCGCAACCAAGCAGUCUGACAAGAAGCUUUUCGUCGCGAAGAACAUUCAGCAAGAUCUGCAAACCAAGUUCGAGGCUGCACAGACUAGCCGCAAGAGUGGCUGGAACCCGCCUAAGCACCAGGCUGAGUUCCAGUUCAGUGAUACCCAGGUCCUCCUGGACGCUGUUUACUUGCUCAUCGUGUACUUUGAUCGCAACACUAAUGGCUUCGGCGCUGAUCCUCAGCGACUUAUGAACUUUAUCAAGGAUUUCAUUCCUACUUUCUUCGGCCUGGACCGGUUUACUUUCAACAGCUUCGUUGAGGAGGUUUACAUCGCUAUCGCCGAGGAGGAUGACACUUACACCAAUGAUGACGCCUCGAAUGAGAGCCGCAAGGCCAACACGCAGAAGCUGGAUCUCCUGCGUGAGACCCUUGAACGCGGAAAUGGGAUCGAGAAGCGCGCGAAGAAGGAUAUUGAGUUGGAUAACAUUGAUGAACCCCCUGUUGUCCGAGCUCGUUCCCACGUCUCUGAACCCGAGGAGACCUUUGACGUCGCUGAAUUGAGAUGGAUGGAGCACCCUGGCAAAGGAAACUUCAACCUCGAGCACGAAUACACACUCAACGAGAAGUACAAGAAGAAGGAGCACCACAUGUACAGCAACUUGAACAUCCUUUGCUUCUUGCGCACUUUCGAGAUCCUUUACUCCCGCCUUUUGCGCAUCAAGGAGCAGGAGGACACUGCCCGCGAACAGGUUCGACGUGGUCAACUGCACAAGGCUGCUCACGAUUUGUGCCUGAUCGACCGCUUCCCCAGCGAUUUCUUCUAUGAUGUCGAUCCCAAGGUCAACCUUUACAAGCAGAUCGUGCGCAUGUGUGAGGAAGUCAUCAAGGGUGACAUUGACCAAAUUCAUCUGGAAGAGACCCUGCGUCGCUUCUACAUGCAGAGCGGAUACCUCCUUUACAACCUGGAGCGAAUUUUCUCCUCGAUCUCCAAAUUUGUUUCUUCUAUCUUCACUGGUGAUGCUCGGGACCGCAGCUCCGACAUCGUCAACCUCUUCUUCAAGGAGCGUGAGAAGGAUGUGACUACGCACCACCAAGAAAUCCAGUACCGCAAGCAAGUUGAGCGACUGGUCAAGGAUGGUGACAUCUACCGCAUCACCUUCCAUCCUGUUGAUCGCCGCGUCACCAUCCAGAUCAUGACCAGCGAAGACUCCACCCUCAACAACGAGGACCUCACCUCUGAGGAGCGCUGGUCCUACUACGUGACCGCGUACUCAAUGCGCGACCCCACCGAGGGCGUGCAAUUCUCGAAGAUGAAGAUGCCCCUCCUCAAGCGCAACCUUCCCCCAAAGCUGGAAGAAGACGAAGAAUACGAGCGCUACUACCGCACCCUCCAGCACCACGACGGCCUGACCAUCCGGAUCUGCGCAAACAACUACACCAUGUUGUACCAGCCGCCAACCCACGACUGGUUCUGGCGAUCCAGCGCACCGAUCCCUGAGAAGGAUGCCGAUCCCGAGGCCAUCAAGGCCCAGAUUGACGAGGUCGAGAAAGAGAAGGUUACUCUUCGCGAGCGACGGGCCGAUCGGUUCAAGGAAAAGUUCGUCAACAACCCCGCCUGGGCCCGUGGGCUCAGCAAGGACCAGGUCGACGAGUCCAACCAGCGUUUCCGCUCUUGGGUUGAUGGCACUCUGUCUGAUUCCCCUCGUCCUGGCCCUGAGGAAUCUGCAUCUGGCUCUUUGGCUGAGGCUAAGGAUGCUGAUGUUGAGAUGGCUGAGGCUGAGUCCGCAGAGGCUUAG